CGCGGCCACAAGGGGGCAGUGUGGGCUAAUCUGUAAACGGACAUGCGUGGUUCGUAAUGACACGUUAGUUGCUCUGUCUGGAAGGGGGGGGGGACAACGCGGGGAGUUCUUGUGUUCGUUACGCUGAGGACACCAAGUCAUAGACAGCACGCGCCAUGCUCGUGCGUUGCUACAAAGACGACAGAGAGCGGUGAGGAGCAGUGCAAUGUUGGGGCAGAGCUGAAGUCCGCACUCGUCUGCAGAUUUGUUUUCAUCAUCAUCAUCAUCAUCAUCAUCAUCACCACCCUGUGCCGGGUGGGGGCUCAUCCGAUCCGUCACCGGGGCCGUUUUCCAGCGGGUCCCGGCCGCAGGUAACCCAUCCGGGUGUGUGCGCGCAUGCAUGCAGCAGAAUGGGACUCGCGACCCGUCGUCGCAUGGGGAUCGAACGUUCCCUGUCGCCGGCGCGCGCCCCCCGGAGGAGAAGCGCGCGCUCCCGCUCCAAGUCCAAGUCCCCGAACUCGCGAUGGAACCCGGAGCCGCGGUCCCGCUGUCAGCCAAAGAGGAUCCCGACACACGGGGCGACGCCACGGCGGACAGGAGGCAGGAGUUUCCAGAGGUCAUCUCCUUGAACGUAGGAGGGACUCACUUCACCACAUGUCUCUCCACCCUGCGGCGCUUUGAAGACACCAUGCUGGCCGCCAUGUUCAGCGGUCGCCACUACCUUCCCCUCGACGCUGAGGGACGCUUCUUCAUCGACAGAGACGGAACGUAUUUUGGGGACAUCCUGAAUUUCCUGCGGUCAGGUGAGCUGCCACAAAGGGACCGCGUGCUGGCAGUGUACAGAGAGGCCCAGUACUAUGCUAUUGGACCCCUGCUGGAUAGUCUGGAGGAAACGCAGCCACUCACGGGGGAGAAGGUACGCCAGGCCUUCCUUGGCUUGCUGCCCUACUAUAAAGAGAACCUGAAGCGCAUCAUGGAGAUUGCCAAGCUGCGGGCGAUGCACAGGAAGGCGCGCUUCGCCAAGCUGAAGAUUUGCGUCUACAAGGAGGACGCGCCAGUCACGCCAUACGAGCGGCCGCUCUUUGGUACCCUGCACCUGGAUCGUUCGGAGGGCGAAGCCAAGCUCUUCAAACACCAGUGCGAGGUGGACGUGUCCUUUGGGCCUUGGGAGGGUGUGGCGGAUGUCUAUGAUCUGCUGCACUGCAUUGUGAGUGACCUUGCGGAGCGUGGCGUCGCCGCCGAGCAGCAAUGCAUCGGUGUAUGCGACAAGCACCUGAUCAGCCACUACUACUGUAAGAGGCCCAUCUACGAGUUCAAAAUCACGUGGUGGUGAGCAAGAGAGGCUGAUUUCGCUAAGCCCUUCCUCGAGGUGCCCUGAACUACUAUCCGUGUGGCCCACAGCUGAGUGGAAUUAGGUGGCUUUGUUUUUUUUUUUUUUUUGCAGUAAACUAAUUGUUUUUUUUUUUUGAUACAACAGUUGUUGAAGGCAAGGCGACUGAACGUAUCUUCUGGAAAAUCUCAUAAUGUUUAUACAGAAAUAUUUAUGCUCAGUGAUGAUGUCAUUAUUUAUAUUAAUAUCUGGCCGCUCUUGGAAAGUCAUUGUUUAUUGCUUAGCAGUUUGACUGUAAAGGUUUUUUAGGACAUGCUUGUGCUGAAGUUUUGAGGCAGUGUUACGUGCGCGCGACGUGGUUGCGUAACGAUCUUGUUUUUCUAAGACAACUGGAUAUUAUUUAGCAACCAGUACAAAGAUUGUAUGUUUAAAAGACAAAAAUUUUAUACAGAAUUUUUGCUCAUGUAUCUUGUAUGCAUCUUAAGUACUUGGGUAUUUUCAUUACUUAAUCUGCAUAACACAUCCUGUAUAACCCUGAAUUACAAGUGUAUUUUCAUUUUUUAAUACGUUUACUUUUGAAGCACACAUAUUUUGUAUCAGUGAAGUAUUGUCCUUUCAAUGUGCUUUUAUAACUGUGCAUAAAGGCUUUAUUUCCUUAUCUCAGCAGGCAAAGGAAUACCAUAGUGUACAAUAAAAUGUGCAAAAAGAAAUGAUACAUUAAUCAUCCAUCCGUUCCCAGUAAUUGCUUAUCCAGUUCAGGAUUCGGCGGCUGCCAGGAAAGGCUGAACUCCAAACCUGUGGAUGAGCACAAGGCACCCUGGAUGGGACCCCACUCCAUUGAUUGCCCUGUAAUGGACACACACACAGUUACACACCAAUGGGCAAUUUUAGAUUCAUCAGUUCACUUGAAGAUCUUUAGCGGAAACACCUCAAAAACACACACGCAUUUUUAGAACCACUUGUCCCAU